GAGGCGGAGGUGGGUCGGCUAGACCCGCACAGACAGCGAAGGAGCUGGAUCCCGACCGACCGACCGGGGCUGAGCCGACAGACUCAGGUUCUGAUCUUUGGAACUACACUACGGGAGCUGCUCUUCAGGCCCCCAGCCCCCUGCUCCUGGACCUAUGGAUUCUCCAUCUAGCAUCUUUUCGUAUUCCUCCUCCUCUCUCUCCCCGUCAUUUUCCACGUCCCCUGUGAACAGUGACUUUAGCUUCCCUUCUGAUAAUGAGAGGGAGGGCAAGGGCACCCGUGAGCUCAGGCCAGACACUGUGCGUCGGAGAGGAGGUUCCAGGCCCAGUCCAGGCCCUAUCCGCUGCAGACAUCGACCCAGGGUUUCUAGUAACCAACAUACAGCGUCUCAUCUGGAACAGCAAGGAUCUGAAGUCAAAAGAUCAAGAGACGGUCAACUGGAGACAAGUCUAAACAUCCAGGGAUGUACUACAGAGGGAGACCUGCUCUUUGCUCAAAAGUGUAAAGAACUCCAAGGGUUCAUUCGGCCCCUCACAGACUUACUGAACGGACUAAAGAUGGGUCGCUUUGACAGAGGAUUAAGUAGCUUCCAACAGAGUGUGGCCAUGGACCGGAUCCAGCGUAUAGUGGGUGUUUUACAGAAGCCUCAGAUGGGAGAACGUUAUCUAGGAACCUUGCUGCAGGUGGAAGGGAUGUUAAAGACUUGGUUUCCUCAUAUAGCUGCCCAGAAAUCAUCCUCAGGAGGUAGCAGGCAUCAGGUAAGCAAGCACUUUCCUAGCCACCACAGUGACUCGGGUGCUGCUUCUCCUGCACCUCUCAUAGAGAAGAUGGGCCAAACACAGCUGGGACAUUUGGUUUUGAAACCAAAGCAGCCUUGGCACCUCACUGGAUGGCCAGCUAUGAACCUCACCUGGAUCCAUAACACUCCCAUCUGUAACCCUCCCCUCAGCUCCCCAGGCUCCACCUCUGGCCACAGCCCCACAGGCACUGGAGCCAGCAUUGGUGUCAUCCUUGUCCUCCAGAAAGGAGGACAACCCUUCACCCAUUCUGCCCCGGGCACUCCGAUCCCACCAGCUUCCCUGUCUCCUGUCACCUCUGGUGAUCCAAAGAAACUGUCUGGAGAGGAGCCUCGGUGCCACAGUUUGCCAGUAACACUGCCGUCAGACUGGAGCGGCAUCCUUUGUCCACCUGUCCUUCCUGCCACAGACAGAGAGAUGGCCAAAGGACACCCGGAGCCACAGACGGUUAGCCAUCCUCCAGUUGCUCCUGAUCCUCAGCCCUGACCCAGGCUCUGCAACUGUCCCAUUCCCUAUUUGUAUAAAUAUAUGUUUCUGUGUACUUUUUUUUUUUUACUUUUAAUGUAUUUGUGGUGAGGAAAAAAUAAAUCCUUUCCGAUUAAAGACUUUUUUUUUUAA